AAUUCGAUAUACAACUAAAAAAAUGCUUAAGGCAUUUAUUGUACUCGGUUUGGUUUCGGCUCUCGCCGGAGUCGGAGCCGGAGCCGAUCUUCUGCAUCGCAUGCCGAUCUACAAGUGGGAGAAUUCGGUAAAGAGCCGGAAGAAUGUGAUGUCCGAGGUGGCACAUUUGCGUGGCAAGUACAAUGUGGCAACAACGGCCACGUCGGACAUAAUAAGCGGGGAGCCUUUAGCGAACUCCAUGAAUAUGUAUUAUUAUGGCCAAAUUACGAUUGGAACACCCGGAGUUAUAUUCAUCGUUAUGUUCGAUACGGGAUCUGCAAAUCUCUGGGUGCCAUCAUAUAAUUGCACAAGUACCGCCUGUCUUUCCCAUACCCAAUACAAUCCCAAUCAAUCCACAACAUUUGUACCAAACGGUUCGGAUAUAACGCUCAAGUAUGGAACCGGUGGAAUGAGCGGUUACCUUGCCAUGGAUACGGUGACUGUGAAUAAUUUGGUGAUAUUGAAUCAAACAUUUGGCGUGGCCGUUAGUGAGUUGGAUAAUCAUUUUGAUAAUGUCGCCUUUGAUGGCAUUCUGGGCAUGGGAUUUGCCAAUCUUGCCGAGGAUAGUGUCACUCCACCCUUCUACAAUAUGUAUAACGAGGCAUUGAUCAGUCAACCGGUAUUCUCAUUCUAUUUGUCAAUUGAUGGCACCACCAGUAUGGGUGGUGAAUUAAUUCUGGGUGGAUCGGAUCCGAAUUACUAUAUUGGCAAUAUGACGUAUGUGCCUAUAUCUAGGGAUGAUUAUUGGCAGUUCGAUAUGUCGGAAGCCGUCUUGAAUGGUGUUACACUGUGCAGCAAUUGUCAGGCUAUAGCCGAUACUGGCACCUCACUGAUCAUGGCACCCAUUGAUGCCUAUACGAAAUUGUAUAGUACACUGGACAUAAAUCCGGAUGCCUCCGUUGAUUGCUCUACGGUUAGUUCGAUGCCCGUGCUCAAGUUCGUGAUUGGUGGUACUGUCUUUGGUAUUCCACCGUCGUACUAUGUUCUCUAUUUGGAUGGUGAGUGUGUCGUUGGUAUUCAAACCAUGGGCACUGAUUUUUGGAUUCUGGGCGAUAUCUUCAUUGGACAAUACUAUACGGAAUUCGAUGUGGGCAAUAAUCGUAUCGGAUUCGCUUCUGUCUCCGGUGCACAAUACACAAAUCAAGCAAAUUCCCAAUUUGCCAGCUUUACAACUAUCUUCAGUUUGUUUGCCUUACUAAAUAUUAUUUUAAAACUGUAUUAAAUCUUAUAAUUAUCGAAGAAUCUAUCUGAAAUAUAUUAUACAAAUUGUUUUU